UGGAACAGAUGGCGAAGGAGCAAGAUAAAGAGUCGGAGAAACAAGCCUUACUGCGGGAAGUGGAAAACCAUAAGAAACAAAUGCUCAGCAAUCAGGCAGCUUGGAGAAAGGCAAAUCUAGCUUGCAAAAUCGCUAUCGACAACUCUGAGAAAGAUCAACUGCUGCAGGGAAGAGACUCCUUAAGACAAAGGAAGACUACAAAGGAAAGUCUGGCAGAAAGUGCAAGUAACAUCACAGAGAGCCUGAUGGGCAUUAGCAGGAUGAUGUCACAGCAAGUCCAGCAGAGUGAGGAGACUGUGCAAACUCUAGCCAAUUCUUCACGAACCAUCCUGGAAGCAAAUGAAGAAUUUAAGUCCAUGUCUGGGACAAUUCAGCUGGGGCGAAAGCUAAUAACAAAGUACAAUCGCAGGGAACUGACGGACAAGCUGCUCAUCUUUCUCGCCCUUGCCUUGUUCCUGGCCACGGUGCUCUACAUUUUGAAAAAAAGACUCUUCCCAUUUUUGUAAAAUACCAAAGCUAAACUGAACUAUUACAAAAGAUCAGAAAGAGAUGGCAUAAUAACGGUAGGGUUUUUACAGAAAAUAAUAAAGGAAUAUUGCAAUAGCUGAGAGAGCAUUGGAGCAGGUAUGACUUUAUACUGUCCCCAUGGAGCAUGCCACCUGCCUAAGAAGAACUGAAAUGAGCACAAGUUGGGAAGAGGCAGGUAGAUCAAGGUGUGGAAAGAAGAAACACCAGUUUGCCUGUAGGUUUGGGGAACCACACAAACACUUAUGGAACUAGGCACUCAAAGGUGCCAGUCUUAACUUUCAACCUCUCUUCAUUUUGCCUUGAAAUUAACUUUUGUCCUUGGCUUGGACUGGAAGCUGCUUUGACAUCUGUGUGUAAGGUGCUGAGAGUAAGAGGAAAGAUGGAAGAGAGAAACUCACAUACAUUCCGUUAAUAAACUAUUUAUUGUAUCC